CAAUCAUCACGGCCUCGAAUGCAAUCACAGAGCAAGUUGCAACAGCAAUUGAAGCGUCGCCCAACAUGUCGACAAUCUCACGAACUGUCCGCAACCUGUGGAAGGUUGGCGUCAAGGACUACUUCCACCAGAUGAACAACAUCGGUGACACAAAGGCCGGCCUUCUCGUCGGCUCCGACAGGUUCGGCAACAAGUACUAUCAGAAUGAGGAGGAACUACCGCUGCGAACACGAUGGGUAGACUACGCUUCCAAGGACUUCGAUGCUGCUCAGAUUGAGCCCGGCUGGCACGCCUGGAUGUCACAUGUCGUCGACAACCCGCCCUCGAAAGAUCCCACUCUCGCAUACAAGCGCCGAGCAUGGGAGGACACAGACGCCAAGACCAUUCCCAAUCUCACCAUGACCAGAGGCGCCUACAAGCCCUACAACACCGUCAAGCCGAAGCACACUUCCUGGGAGCCUGUGGCUGUACCCAGGCAAUAGACCUUGUUUGAUGACUUGGAGAGCAGUAGACGUGUAUAUAUCCAAAACUUUGAGAAUUGAGACGAUAUUGAACCAACAAUACCCAUGCCAGCCUCA